CUUCCUGACCACCCAAAACCCUUUCCCCAAACACAUUACCAAAAACCACACAGCAAUUCCCCCUUCCUUCCUCUCAUUUCACGCAUCAUCCUUACCCCAUCUCCCCUUUGGGUGUUCUAAAGAUCACCAACAAUCUUCGAUUAUCCUUGAAUUUGAAUUGAACAAUUAUUCUUCUCCCUCAUUCGUUUGCCUGGAUUCUUGAAGAACAACAAACCUCAUUGCUCUUCCUUCUCGAAUCUUGUUCGAAAAUGAAAAACAAAAACAACAUCCUAAUUGCCUAAUUUGAUAUUCGAAAAAUCAGUCACUCACGUUCCUUGUUUCAUACAGAAAUACAGUGAUUCCCUCCAAUUACUAACUGAUUUUCUUGAAGAACGAAACGCAGCCUUGAUUUCUUGUUGCUCCUGAAUUAGUACCAUGUAAUUCGAAACAAGUACCACGCUCAUGACCACGCUUCUUACAAUAAGAACAAAGAAGAGCAGAUUUAUCAAGCACAGGAGGUCUUGAACGAGACCGAGAAUGAACAUUCGAGAGAGCAAACACAUGGGUGUCGAUGUCAGUAGACUUUGUGCGAGCAAUGGAGCGGGAACGUUCCUCUUGAAGGAAGGUUUGAUAAGCACGAUCAAUGUCCGGGGAAGGCAUCUGAGACAAGAGAUUAGUGCGAACCGUACCAUAAAUGUCAUCAUCAAUUCCAAUAUAAAACUGAUGUAAUAUUUCUUCAUCCCGAUCUUGGCGAAAUUUAUUCACAACACCACAAGUACACAGACCACAACUACAAUGAGGAAUAGGUUUCAAACGAUCAAGUUCAUCAUAGAGCCCCAUAAGUUUAGUAUAAUAGUCCUCAAUUGUCAUAGAUUUCAAUUGACGACAAUCCGUAAUUUGCGCUCGAAGUUGUUGAAUACGCGGGCCAUUAGCAACACAGUAACGUUUUUCAAGAUACAACCAUAAAGCCCGAGCCGUAUCAUGAAAGGGUAUUGAAGAAACAAUUUUAGGGUCAAGAGUACGAUUAAUCCAAGAUACAAUCAUGGAAUUAACAGUUUCCCAAUCAAGAAUAUCAUGAGCAGUAGUCGGUUUAACAAUGGAACCAUCAACAAAACCAAAUUUACGACGGGAUUUUAAAGAUAAAGUAAUAGCACGAGACCAAGAAAGAUAAUUAUCACCUUUGAGAAUGAUAUGAGAGAUGAAAUUACCCGGUUGAUCGCCGGAGCCAAGAUAGAAUGGAGAAGUAAUAUCAAUCACUUGUGAAUCAGUGGACUUCGGUUCACCCGUCAUGAUGUAAAAGCAAGCGUGGAUCAAUCACAAAUCAAAAGAAACCAAAAACGCAACAAACCAGCAAUAGAAGAAACGCAACAAAUCAAUAGAAGAAGAAACCAGCAACAAACCAAAAGAAACCAAUCAAUCGAGAAUCAAACCAGAAACCAGAAUCAAACCAGAAACCUAGAAACGCAAAUCAAACGCAAAUCAAACGCUGAGACCAGAAUCAAACGCAGAAACCAAUCGAAGAAACCAGAAACCAAUCAAAAUCAAAACCAGAAGAAACCAAAGAAAAUCAAAAGAAGAAACCAAAGCAAUCGCUGAGUCCAAAUCAAUCGAAGAAACCAAUCGAAAACGCAGAAACCAAUCGAAAAACAAAAAAACAGAAAGUCAAUCGAAGAGAUCAAUCGAAGAAACCAGAAGGAAGAAAACGCAAUCGUUGAAAAUCAAUUGAAAGGAGAAGAAACGCAGGGAAAAACAGAGGAGAAAGCAAGAGAAAGAAAAUGAGAUAUGUUGUCAGGCAGAGAAAGCAAAUCUGAUACCAUGUUAAGAUUUGGGUAUUUUCCCCCUUGUUUAUUCAUAAAACCAUCAAGAGUAUAUAUAUACAUGAUCAAACAAAAAUAAUUGGGCCAAAGUUAAAAUAAAGCCCAUAAUGCAAAAUACAUCGAAAUUAAAUGUAAAUUGUUCAACAGUGAUUACAACACCACAGUUUCAAUAGCGGAGUCCUAAUUUCUUGCGCCUGAAGUUUGAAGACCCAUUAUUUUCUUUCCCGUAAAUCUUGUGUCGAGAUUCUUGAAGGAAGGAUUCUCUGUGGAACCAUUCUAGCUGAUAGAUGCGAAUCAAACCCGACUCUAUGAAGCGUCAUCGUUGAUUGCUAGCAAAUCGGUACCAUUCGGGAAGAAAACAGCUUGUAUAACAAGUGCGAAGGGGGCAAAACUCAAAGAAGAUGGAAAAAUUGAAGGCAAUGCCAGUGAUAAUCGGAGGGAUGGUUUUUGAUAUUCAUGCCACUACUUCUAUACCUUCUACGUUCAAAACCACUACUCCUGGCAAGAUUGAAUUUAUGCUAGGAGGUGUAGCAAGAAAUAUUGCUGAGUGCCUGUUAAAGCUCGGAACAAAGUCCUUCUUGAUUAGUGCUCUGGGAUGUGACCUAGCAGGAGACCUGUUAUUGGAACAAUGGAAAUCUGCUGGGUUACUGACAGAAGGUAUACAACGGGGCUUGGACAUUACUACUGCUUCUGUAUGCAACAUGUUCGAUGUAAAUGGAGAUUUGACAGCAGGUGUUGCUAGUGUGGAAACAAUUGAAAGAUAUGUCACUCCUAAAUGGAUUCAGCAAUUCAAGACUAUUGUAUACCCUGCUCCCCUGAUGUUGGUUGAUGCUAAUUUGAGCCCUGAAGCUUUAGAGGCUUCAUGUAAAUUGGCCACUAAUUUGGAUGUCCCAGUUUGGUUUGAGCCAGUUUCAGUCGCAAAAUCUAAAAGAGUAUCUACAGUUGCCAAAUAUAUUACCUUUGCCUCUCCGAACGAGCAUGAACUUUUCUCAAUGGCGAAUUCUUUGUCUCAUGAAAAUCGGUUUAGUCCUAUCCGGAGGGAUCAAGACAAAAUGAAUGCUUCCAUAGAGUCCUUGUUCAAAGAGCUGAAACCGGCUAUCAUAGUCCUGCUGGAGAAAGGUAUUAAGUUUGUCUUAGUGACACUUGGACCCGAUGGUGCACUCCUAUGCUCUGGCAUCGGGCCAUCUGGUUUAAAGAUGUGCUUAGCUGGCACACAAGUUUUUGAUGGAAAUCGAGAGCUUUUUGAUAUGGUGAGCGUAAGAUGCCCAACAAAUCAGUAUUUGUGCCCUAAACCAUAUAAAACAUCGUCUCAGUUAUUUGUAAUGCAUUUCCCAGCUCUUCCUGCAACAGUUGGGAGAGUUAGUGGUGCUGGAGAUUGUUUAGUUGGUGGGAUUCUUGCAUCAUUGUGUUCGGGUUUGAAUGUUAUGCAAAGUGUAGCUGUCGGUGUUGCUGCUGCUAAAGCUGCCAUCGAGGUGGAAACCAAUGUGCCUUACAAAUAUGAUUUAUCAGCAGUUGCAGAUGAUACAGGUAGAGUAUACAAUGCUGCCAGAGUCUUGUUCCACAAAUCUAUGUUGUAAAACUCAGAUGAAUGACCAUUCUAUGAAUGAAUGAAUGAUCUUCCCCGUUUAUGGGAUCGAGAUUUUUGAUGUUGUAACUUGCAAGCCGAAUGCCUGAUCGAUGAAACCCGAAUGCCUGUAUGCCGGAGGGGGAUCGGCACAGGCAAAUAAUAUCUCCAUUUUCUUCUAAGACUGAUUUUUACUAUGAAUUUGUUAUGUAGUGUAAUGAUAUCAAGCAUGAAGAAUAUGAUCGAAUGUCAUAUGGGCAUCACCUUUCCUAUUUCUAAGCUUUACCCCAACUACUUGUUUACUCCUAUAGUUCCUUUGGAAGCAAUUUAUCUUAUUUUUAA